ACAUUCUCCGUUAAACAGCAAACAUUCAUCGGAUUGACUGUAAUGAAACAGGUUGAAGGAUACAGCUCGCCGCUCUGUCUUGGAGUCACAAGGUAACAACAAGUCGACAAGAUACCACCGAUCAUAACGGAACGCACACUAGCUGGCGGGAGACUACCGCUGAGCCAGCCGAUGGGCGAUGAGGAGAAGGGCAUGUCGCGGCCCAUCUCACAGCGCUGGGGAACGCCCUUCAGGGACGUCAAGUACGAAGACCCCGCCUCCGACGCCACAAGGUCACAAGGCCAGAACAACAACACGCUGUCCUGUGGUCUGCAGGCCCAGCCUCUCAGGCUCUUCCACGCUGGCUUCCGCCCCCACUUCCCUGCUCGGUUUGAGCCUAUGGAGGACCGGGGGGAGAGGAGGAACCCAGGCCCAGAGGACGAGGAGGACGAGGAGCAGGAUCGGAGGGAGGCCGAGGAGGAGGAGCACUGGAGGGCAGAAAGGCCGGAGGAGCAGGCGGGGAUAAGCACGGAGGCAAGGAUAGGCCGCAAGCUCCGGGAGAUCGGAGACCAGUUCGACCAGGACCACCUUCACCAGUUCCUGAGGCAUCAGAGGGACCAGCUGCCCAUCUGGAUGCGUCUCACCAUGGCCUUCUACGGGUUCCUGUUCCAGAGAGAGGCCCCUGUACCCCCCCAGCUCAGAGGAGGGGAGAGAUGAGGAUGAGGCCCCUCUCUCCAGCCCCCUUGGGUCCACACUGGGCUCCCCUCCAUCUUCCUCCAAAAAACGAGGGACCGGACUUCUAUAUGGCACUGUAUGAUGGAACACGGGUUUGGAGGUUUUUCAGAUUGUUGAUGGUUUAUUUUUUUGUUUUUUGUUUUUUUAUUUCUUUUUUUUGUUGACAAAGAUUAAGAUGAGAUGAAGAAAGCGCUGGUCGCUGCUGGACAGAGACUCAAUCACGUUUUCUUUCUGCCUCCACUAGAAGAAGAAGAAGCCAUUCAGUUUGAAGAGAUAUUUUCAAAAAUGUGUAAGAUGAAAACUAUUUUGUACAGUAAAUAACUCUUUUUAUUUGUGAUUUUCCUUUUCUAUCUCAUGUCUUGAAGGACCUUCGUCAGUCUUGGGAAUGCCUUAUUCUGUCCAGUCACAGUAGGAAGGACAUUUCUAAAACAUGCAAAAAGGAAAAGAGAACAGGUUGAUGAAAUACAAAAGUGGUCCAUUAGAGGACCGAGCUGUGGACCUGGAUGUUCCUGUGCUGAAGUUACCCACUCUUAAACAUGACGACAGGCACAUCUCCAAAUGUACUCUCUGAACAAAACAAAAAAACGGAACUGUUCCACACUGGCCUAUUUGAACAUGCGUGUCCUAAAGAUUGUGGUGUGGAGAGAGGUCAAGAUGACUGUGUGUCCCAGUGAUCUCUACUGCAGAAGGGAGGGACAGUGACUUCACCCGUGUCUUUCACUGGUCUCAACCACCAGCGGUUUGAAAUCCCACUCUUGUGUUUUCUGAGGCGGCCACAUUUCCUGGAUUGUGGAUCCAGAUGAUUAUCAGAUCUGUCUUCUUGCCAGGAUUAAUGCAUGUGUACUUGAAUCUGUAUUUAUUGAGAAUGCUAAGAUAGAAGGAAAGGUCUGCAUUCAAGUCAACCUGAAGAUGUAACCUUGACUUUGGGCCAGAUCUUCUGUUUGAGCAUCAAUUUAAGGUUUCUUUACCAUGCUUAGGUGUGUGUGUGUGUGUGUGUGUGUGUGCGUGUGUGUGUGUGUGUGUGUGUGUGUGUGUGUGUGCAUGCGUGUAAGAGAGAAUUUAUUCUGACCGAGUGGUUGUGAAAGCCCUUAUUAGAAAAUCAUAGCUCAAGCACAAAAUCUGUCCAAAGGUUUGGUUUUUCAGAUCUCAUAUGUCUCUGUGUGGAGCUGAAGAGUAGGCAGCUGAACAAUCACCAAAAUUAGAAGCUUCUGGUAAAAAUGAAUCUUUUCUCAGCGCUUUUUCAGGAUUUUUUCCUGCGGUUGGUUUGACAAUCACCACAGACACACUGAUCCUGGGAUGUUGCACCAAUGCGUUAUCUGUGCUGCACUAGGGGUUGGCUGUGGUCGAUCGGAUUGUUGUAAUCAGCAACCCGAGGACUAACAGAGCAAUAUGGUGGCCAGGGAAAGGUACACAAAUCUUAGGUAUCAAUUGCAUUUUUACAAUCAAAUUGGAAUGCGUGGAAGAACAUUUCUCUGAAGAGGCAAUCUGUCAAUUCAGACUGGAUGUCUGUCAGUUCAAUGAAAUACAUUUCAACAUUUUUACUCUUUCCCCCAUUCUCAUUGCAUCACUUCUAAGAUAGUAAUCACUUCUAAGAGUAAUUCACUUUUUGCUUCAAUGCUUUCAGAUAAAACAAAACAGAUUUUUGGUUGCUUGGAUAAUGAAUUUUGCCAGCAGUGGCCACAAGCCCUGCUGUAAGCACUGACUGAAUCAAACCCUUUCAAUGGAAGUCCUUGGAUUGCUAAGUAACAACUGUCGCAAUACAGCAGCAUUUCGGAAAAACAACAACCACCAUUUGUUUUUUAAUUAAACGUAUUUGCACCAGACAAUAACAUCUUUGUAAAAAAUUAUAAUAUGAAUAUGUUUAAAGACACUGAUGGGUUUACCUCUUCUGUAAUAAAAAAAUAAUCUUCUUAGUUUAAUAUUCUUCAGGGAGUAGUUAUUGAGCCAUAUAACGCCCGUCAUGGAAGCUCAACGAUGGGCCGAUUUCAUCGGCUUCUGACCAAAUAGAAUUACGAGUGGUCAGCACCGGGCUCUGGUUGUAAGUGUUAGACUGGUGUAGGAGAGAGAGAAACGUCUUCAGAAGCGCAACUUACUGGAAAAACUGAAUCAAAAGUUUGUUUCCUGCAAUCCCUGAACACUGAGCCAGUUGAAGAAGCUUCGACAACUCUCUCUUUCACUCACUAAUGGUCUUACCACUGUUAACUACUCCUUGCACUUUCUGAAAUUUCUGUUUCAUUUCAUUCUUUUUUCUUUCUUUUCAUUGGAGUAAUUUAUUUUAAUUUAUUUUGUGUACAUUUGGUCAGUGCUACUGUAUAGAUAUCAAAAUGUGUACAGAUUCUUUGUUUUUCAUAGUUGAUGUGCAUUCAGUACCAUGUGAUCUGCUGUGCCUGUGAGUCAAGAGGUUGGCCUUUGAGAAAAAAAAGCCAUGUGCCUCCCAAACUGUGGGUCUCCAGAAAUCAUACAAAAUGGACAAUCAAAAUGUACAAUUGUACAAAUGUGCCUUGUGAGCAUCCGAUCAGCCACACGAUCCUACACUUUUAACGUGAGGUAGACCGCUCACUCACUCACCUCUCCCAGAUGUACCCAUAUGGAGACAGAGGCAGGUCUUGUGCCCUCAAUAGAAUAGACAUUUAUACCAUAUUUUGUGAAACGUAUUAGGUUGUUUCCAACCUAAUACGCUGACAGGUUUUCCAUAUCCACCCACCAGGGCACAGUCUGACCCUUGACCCUACUCACACAGGUCCCAGCCGGUCACCCUCAACUCCUAAUAUCAAAACAACUGUUUGCUAUCAACAUGCACUGGAAAAAAUAUACUUUUUAUAUAACUGUUUUUGUUGCACCUCUCUUUCUCCUGAUCUGUCUCUUCUAGACCCUCUUCUAUAUCAAAACAAUGCUGGAUACACCUAGUUCGCCUAGGUUUUUGUGCUUUACCUGCAGUCUAGUUGGGAUGUAGGGUUGGGAAACAUGGAGGAAUGAGACACCAAGGUGCCCAGUAUUAUUUGUACGAGGGACGGGGGUAUGUAGUUGACGUGUGUUUGAUGUUGACGUCAACACACUGGUGGCUAUACAGCUAUUUUUGCAACCCUCCUUUUAAUUGAAACAUUUGUGAUAACGGUCAAACUUCAGUGUCUUUAAUAUCGGGCUUUGUUUUUUUCAAUUCGGUUUUUGGAAUUUUACAUGAAGGGUUUCAUAUUCUCAAUUGUUAAGUGCUGUGAUUUGUGUUUUUAUGAACAAAACAAAAAUUAACUUCAGCAAUUCUUAAACUUUUUCAUAUUAUAGCAAAACUUUUGCAUACUUUUGUAAAAUGAAUCUGUCAUCAAGAGUUUUUGCCUUAAAAAAAAAAAAAAUUGCUUUUUAAAUGUUGUGGCAUUUUUUACCAAGUCCGCUGUGUCUCUCUCAGUUCAAGGGCUUUUUUGAUAUAGAUGUGUUUGAAGUAAAAAUGCAUGUCCAACAUUCCUGAAAUCUGUUUUUCUUAAGAGUUUGAAUGUAACAUAACUGAAAGAACCACAAUCGAUCUUUGGAUAAGAUGAACUGAACAGUCAACCAUAUGUUGAACUCCUGCACUGUGUUUUAGGAGUCUCUUGUCAUUGCCUUCACAUCACACUGAGCGCUCAGAACCGUCUCCGAUCUCACAUCCAUGCGUGUAUGAAGUGAGACCCAGUCCAAAUGUAGCAGUUUUGUGAAACAUCGGCUGUGAGAUCUUGAAGACUUUGUUCUGUGCGCCCCGCACGGUUGUCAGCGUGGAACAUGGGGGGGAUGGGGUUGGAGGGGGGGGGGGGUCUAGUGCAAUAUGCUGUACAUAAGAGCUUGGCUCUACAAAUCUUACAUUUUCUCAGAAUUUUCUUUGUUGUUAAAUGGGUACAUUGCUGUUUUUUUUUCUUUUGUUAAUUUUUUCUUUUUGGGGUUUUUCAUUAAAAUUUUAAGAAAGUU